GUUUCAGUAUUUUUAUACUGACCCAUUACGCCCCUCUACUUACGUUACGUAGCUGUGCACUUGUGUGUUUACGUAGUUACCCACAACAACAAUAGUAGACGCUGAGCCAUCAUCACAGUUUUGUUUUCUAUUUUUCCGCCCUACAAUGAAGGAAUUCGACGAUUUUAACUUUAGCGUGGACAAGUAUACCAAAGAACUGACACGCGAAUGUGUCGGAGGCAGCGAUUUGCAGCAACGCAAGAAGGAAAUCGAGGCGUACAAUGAGCAAACGUCGGCAACGCUCAAGCAAACUUGCAAAAAGAACUAUAUGCAGUUUAUACAAACCGCCAAGGAGAUAUCACAUCUCGAAUCGGAGAUGUAUCAGCUGUCGCAUAUUCUUAUCGAGCAACGUAACAUCUUGGCCACCAUGACAGAUGGCAAGAUGAGCAGCCAACUAAAGGCGACGGACAGCCUUGAGGCUGCAGAGGCAAACGCCGCCGCAGCCACGGAGGAUGUGGAGAACAGUCAUGCAACGCGAGCCGUUAAAGAAAUGGUGCAGGGUUUCAAUGGCAAUUUGGAAGGCAAGACAUUCCUUAACGAGGGUGCGCUCAUUGAGCUGGAUGGCAAUGACUAUCGCCCCAUACAGCGUGUUUUUUUUUUUUUCCUCUUCAACGAUGUACUGAUUGUCUGCAAAGUAAAGCACGAUAAGCGUCUGGAGUUCCUCACUGAGUAUGAUCCCAAGAAAAUUGCUGUCAUCAACAUCAAGGAUCUGGAUGGCGUCAAAAAUGCCAUCAAUAUCAUCACUCCCGACGGUUCCAAGAUCUAUCAGAGCAUCACGGCAGCAGGCAAAAGCGAAUGGAUCGAGAAGUUGGAGGAAGCCUUUCGCUUCGAUCAACAGAAGAAAUCCAAGAAGGGUCAAGCCCCACAGCCACCAGGACGCACCAAGCAGCAGCAGACGCCCUCAAAGAGCACCUCACCCGAGAAACUGCAGGAUCAAAGUCCCAGCGAUGCGCAACCGAAAUCGCUGGAGGAUGAAACGCCAGAGUGGCUGAGCACGGCUAGCGAGGAGCUACAAACGCUGGUGGCCCAACGACACUUUGAGGAUGCCCAAGCGCUUAUAAAGCGCACCCAGGAUUUUCUGCGGCAGGCUGACAGGAAGAAACUGCCGCAAGCGGAUGCCAUCGAGAGCAAGGUGAAGCAACAGGAACAAAAGCUAACCAACGUCCUUAUCCAGGAGCUGUCAAACAGUCACAAUCGCAAUCUGCAAAUUGCUUUGCGUGCCGCUCGACGGCCGCUCAAGAUUCUGGUGGAGAUGGGACGCUCCAGGCAGGCAAGUGCCACUCUACUCAAAGUGUGCACGGUUAGUCUGCGUGUGGCACAGCGUGAGGCACGCCGCAACAAUGCCGAAAUCUCCGAGUUAUUCUUCUGCGAUCUCACCCAAGUGGCCUGUGAUUUCCUCAGCGCCUUCGAGCAGCAGCCGGCUUGUGUUAGCGCUCUUGUGGUGUGGUGCAAUGCAGAGCUGCAGUACUUUGCUAGCCAGCUGAUCAAACACUAUCUGACCAAAGGCACCUCACUGGAGGCGGUGGCCAAGUGUGUGGAACGCGUGCGCAAACCUGCCACCAAGCUAACCGAGAUUGGUCUGGACAUCAGUUAUCACUUGGAGGGUCUGUUGCGCACCACUUUGGAGUCACUCAUCGAAGAAUCGAAGCAGCGUUUGCUGGAUGCUGUCGGACGCACUGAGGAAAGCUGGCAACCAUAUAAUCUGCAAACCAAGUCGAACCUUAAGCGGCUGCUGCAUGAGCUGGACACUUUGGGCAUUGAUAUGCGUGCCCAGGCCACAGGCGAUACCUGGUUGAAUUUAACACAAUCCACGCUGGUCUUUGUGCGGCAAUUCCUUCAGCUGACCGAGUACUGUGGCUGUCUAGCCAAGGGCGAGGCUCUGAUGCAGAGUCUGGAGCAGCUUCUACGUGAUCUAUUUUUGGCACAACACGCGCUGAAACCACCUAGUGACUUGGCUGUCGAUCCGAACUUUGUGAUGAAGAACAAAGUGUUCCUGGUGGACAACCUGCUGCCGAUUGCCAUCGACAAGUUUCGUCAGAUUUCGGGUCGCCAAUGUGAAAUGUUGCGUGAGCUGCACACUAAGCUGGCGCGUCAGCAAGGAGCUCCAUUGCCACGACAGCGCAGCGUUUAUACAACAGAUGUGUUCUAGAGGACUACUCUACUGACUAUAUAUAGUUUAGUUUACUUUGAUUACAUAUAUAAUUUUUUAUUUUUCUUUUUCGUUUUGCUUCAAUUAUUUAUAAUAUAAUUAUAUACAUAUAUAACCACAAUAAUAAUAAUAAUAUUUGUAAAAUUAAAAAUCGAAGCGUGUGCUGCACUCUAUUCUGUUUUCUUUUUUGUUUUGUUUUGCUUAUUACAAUGUUUCGCUGGGCGCGAGAUGUGCCCACAUUCUAUAUAUAAUAUAUAUUUUGCAUAUAUAUUCAUAUACAUACAUAUACUAUAUAUACGAUUCAUUUCUAUAUAAACUAAUGUGUAAACAAGUGUUAUUUUGUUUUCUUUUCUUUUGUUUUUCCUGUUGUUGUUUUAGCUGCACAAAACAUAGGAUUUUACAGUUGGUUAUUGGUUUUGUUGGGUUGCGUUUUUCUCUCUC